UUUGAAAGCGUAGUCCAGUUCAGUGUCGCUGCCGAGUCUAGGCGAGAGUUUGACAGGAGAGACGCGUCGGCAAACACUUUGCUGAAAUACAGAACAUAAUGGCCUCCAUGUUGCUGAACACGAUUCGGAGCUCCUCUGUCAGCCCUUCCUGGGCAGUACGGUUGGGGGCACGUUCCCUCAGUACGACAGCCCAGCUUCAGGCUCAGGUUCAGACAAAAAGCAAAAAGACACUGGCUCGGCCUGGUGUGAAGAACAUUGUUCUGGUGGAAGGAGUUCGAACCCCUUUCCUGAUGUCUGGAACCACAUAUGCUGACCUAAUGCCCCAUGACUUGGCCAGAGCAGCUCUGCAGGGUCUGCUGCACAAGACAGGUUUACCCAAAGAUGCUGUAGACUACAUCAUAUAUGGAACAGUCAUUCAGGAGGUCAAAACAAGCAAUGUAGCAAGAGAGGCAGCGUUGGGUGCAGGCUUCUCUGACAAGAUCCCAGCUCACACAGUCACCAUGGCCUGCAUCUCCUCCAACCAGGCAAUGACCUCAGCUGUUGGUCUGAUUGCUGCAGGCCAGUGUGAUGCUGUUGUGGCAGGAGGGGUGGAGUUCAUGUCUGACGUUCCUAUUCGUCACAGCCGUAAGAUGAGGAAGACCAUGCUGUCCCUGAACAAGGCGAAGACCCUUGGCCAAAGGCUCAGUCUGAUUGGCAGCAUCCGGCUGGCACAUUUAUCCCCUGAGCUUCCUGCUGUGGCUGAGUUCUCCACAUCUGAAACGAUGGGCCACAGUGCCGAUCGUCUGGCUGCUGCAUUUGGGGUCUCCAGAGUGGAGCAGGAUGAGUUCGCUCUGCGAUCACACUCUCUGGCUAAAAAGGCCCAGGACGCAGGUUUGCUAACGGAUGUCAUCUCCUUUAAAGUGCCAGGACGUGAUAUUGUUUCCAAGGACAAUGGCAUCCGCCCAUCCUCCAUGGAGCAAAUGGGCAAACUAAAGCCAGCCUUCAUCAAACCUCACGGCACAGUCACCGCUGCCAACUCCUCUUUUCUGACUGACGGCGCCUCUGCUGUGCUCAUCAUGUCUGAAGAGAAAGCUUUGGCUAUGGGUUACAAGCCCAAAGCCUACCUCAGAGACUUUGUCUACGUGUCCCAGGACCCCAAAGAUCAGCUGCUUUUGGGGCCAACAUACGGUACGCCAAAGGUCCUGGAACGGGCUGGCCUGACCAUGAAUGACAUUGACGUCUUUGAGUUCCACGAGGCAUUCGCAGGACAGAUAAUGGCAAACCUGAAGGCUAUGGACUCAGAUUGGUUCGGCCAGACAUACUUGGGCAGGACAUCGAAGGUUGGAACUCCUUCCAUGGAGAAGUUCAACCUGUGGGGAGGCUCUCUGUCUUUGGGUCACCCGUUCGGUGCCACAGGCUGCAGACUGGUAACCACAGUGGCACACCGGCUGCAGAAGGAGGGAGGACAGUACGGACUGGUGGCAGCUUGUGCAGCUGGAGGACAGGGUCAUGCCAUGGUGAUCGAGGCCUACCCCCAGUAACGUACCUAAGCCUGCGCUUGAAACCUUAUCUGAAGGUUCGUCACGACGGCUGCAGACGCUUACAUCCAGACAACAGAGUGUACAUACUAGCACCACCUUGCCUUGAUCAGAGAGGAGUCAGAUAUAGUAUGUGAGUGCGCUGUAGGAAUUUUGUGUAAAUUCAUCUUUGCAUAAACGCAGUUAAAUUAUAUCAGAAUGUUGUCGAGGAAUGUUGCCAAUGAGUUUAUGGACUUUGUGGUGCAUCAAGUCAGCGAUGUCACUGAGUCGAAUGUAACAUAGCUAGAUUCAAGUACACAGAGGAGAUGCAGUUCUGAUGUUUAUAGACGCUGUUAAUGUUUUUUUCUUACAAACUGUUGGAAUUAAAGGGUGUGACGAUGACCACACUGACACUCA